UAAACGGAAUUUAACAACCUUCUCGCCCCCAUUUCCCGCCCCCUAUAAAUAAGAGGUUCUUCGUUAAUUCACUCUCAUUUUCAAAUCAAAAUCUCCAUUCCCUUUGUUAUCUGCAACGAAGAUGAUCGGUACUCUCAAAGCCGAAGAAGCGAGCCAGUUACAGUUGGUGGAGCGAGAAGAUGUCGAUGACGAAGAGGAUCUGUUUGAAGCCAUCGACAAAUUGAUAUCUGCAGGAAUCAAUGCCGGAGACGUGAAAAAGCUUCAGGAUGCAGGGAUCUACACCUGUAACGGUCUGAUGAUGCAUACUAAGAAGAACUUGACUGGAAUCAAAGGUUUAUCUGAAGCUAAGGUCGAUAAGAUCUGUGAAGCAGCAGAAAAGAUAGUGAACUUUGGUUAUAUCACCGGAAGUGAUGCUUUACUAAAAAGAAAAUCUGUGAUUCGCAUCACAACCGGAAGCCAAGCCCUUGAUGAACUCUUAGGCGGUGGAAUCGAAACUUCGGCUAUCACAGAAGCUUUUGGAGAAUUUAGGUCUGGCAAAACACAACUGGCACAUACUCUAUGCGUUUCUACACAGCUUCCUACAAACAUGCGAGGAGGAAAUGGGAAAGUUGCUUAUAUUGAUACUGAAGGAACUUUCCGGCCUGAUAGAGUUAUACCAAUAGCGGAAAGAUUUGGGAUGGAUCCAGGAGCUGUUCUUGACAAUAUCGUUUAUGCUCGUGCGUACACAUACGAGCAUCAGUACAAUCUGCUUCUGGGUUUGGCAGCAAAAAUGUCUGAAGAACCAUUUAGACUUCUGAUUGUGGAUUCUGUUAUUGCUCUAUUUCGAGUAGAUUUCACAGGGAGAGGAGAACUUGCCGAACGCCAGCAAAAAUUGGCUCAGAUGCUCUCCCGGUUGACAAAGAUAGCAGAAGAAUUCAACGUAGCAGUCUACAUGACCAACCAAGUUAUUGCCGACCCCGGUGGCGGAGUGUUUAUAUCAGAUCCAAAGAAACCAGCCGGUGGGCAUGUGCUAGCCCAUGCAGCCACAAUAAGGUUGAUGUUCAGGAAAGGCAAAGGUGAACAGCGCGUGUGCAAGGUGUUCGAUGCUCCAAAUUUACCGGAAGCUGAAGCAAUAUCCUUUGACUAUAACAGCAGGGGGUAUUGCAGAUGCAAAGGACUAGGCUUAGAGGUGUUCAUAGACCAGCAAUGGCAGCAGCUACAGUCAGACAGGUCAAAGUAA